UAUCAGACUAGAAGGAUGAGGAUAAGAGGAUAAGCUUGGGAGAGCAUUGGUAUCAGGAUUGCAUGGGUGAGUUUAGAGGGCCGUUUGUUCGCUAACGCCGCAUCAAUGGGUGCUUGUUGGUGGGUGUGAGUGGCCAUUGACAGACAAAGACAAGUGUAAUUAAACGAGAAAACAGUCAGAGACAUGAGCAAACAACCAAACCAACCAAUAACUAAACAGACAACACAACCUCACUAAGAACGGAAGCAUCUUCCUUGCAUAUUCUCCUGACCAUCACCUUCUACACCGUCACCUUGACCUUCACCUUGAGAUUGGGCGCUGACGACUAAACGCAGGGGGAUUCUCCUCCGAUUUGGCGGGGUAGACAUAGCUCCCCUGGCCUGGCUAUGACCUAGGCCGGUGGGGAUUGAGGCUUGAGACUUUUGAACGUGCCGUCUUAUCAUGUGGUCUCUUAUCAGCGAAUCGUCAACUGUCAAUUCCAUGCUGAUAGACGCAGGUCAGUCACUGGCUAUCAUGACUGCUCCUUGUUGGGAGAGCUCCCCUCUCUUCUCUCAUUUACUUGGUCACACAUGAGGUUAGAGUAGCACAGUUAGGGUGAUACGGAUCUUGAUAUCUACAAUUUAUGUACUAUCUGAAGCUCUUGGAAGGUUGGGAAUGUGCUACAGCUCCCUCCCCCUGUUCAUGACGACCCCGUUGUAAGGCAUGUGUCACCUUGGAUGGCUUUCUCCGACCGCUCUUCCUGUUGUUCCGGUCACUCUCCACGUUUUUCUUUUCCUUCCUUUCUGGAAAGCAAACUCUCUUUCUCUUUCUUUUACUUAAACUGUAUUAUAUCGACUUCUCUGCAACACAUAUCGCAACCUCACGUUCGCAACACAGACUACCCUAGAGAUCCGCACUCCACCCCACGUUUACGUCUACGUCUACGUCUACGUCUACGUCUACGUCUACGUCUACGUCUACUGCCAUCAUCAUGGCAUCUGACGAUCAGCAAUCCAGCAUGCUGGAAGCUCUACAGGAGAUUCAGCGCACCCAGGCUCUUCUAGUGAACGCGGUCGAAUCGCUUUCUGGUAGAUCGAUCGAGGAAUCAGGUGGAGAUGUUGGCAAGAACACCGUCCUUGAGCCAGGUUCUCGUGAAGAUGACAAUGAGGGCGGAACACCUUCAGUAGAAGUCCCUGCUGCCUCUGGAGACAAAUUGAAAGCUCCUGCGCUUCCCUCACCUGACCAGCGUCAACAGCAAGGAUUCACAUCGCGUAUCAUUCUGACGACUUACCCCAAGCAAAUUGGAAUUAAUCCUUUGCCCAUGGACUGGGGAAAUCAAGACCCCGUUAAGCGUGGCCCUAUCGUAGUUUCAAGGGCUGCUUCUACUAUUCGACGUCGUAAUGCCGUUGGAGCCCAUGGUGGUUCGUACUCGAUCUACUAUGCCCUCGCCGUUGCCAGCAACGAAUUGAACGCCGACCACCGUCCCGACUUCACCAACACCGAGCCGGCCGCGAACAUUGGCCCUUUCCCUCAAUGGGGAGACCCCAAGAAGAUUGUUGCCAUGGACCCCUGGGGACAUCUCGCUCCCUGGCUGUUCAAGGACACCAUCGAGAAGGACAACGUCGAUAUUCGACCAACCAUUGCCAUCACCAAGGCUCAUAUGAAGCUUCCUGAACUUGACGAAAGUGUCAAGGCUGGUCGACUUGUCCCCGAUGGCAAGGUUUGCCUGAACGAUCAGGGUGAACUGGCUGUCACCAAGUUUGCCGUUGAACCUGUCUGGUACCUCCCCGGUGUGGCGGAGCGAUUCGGUAUUGACGAGGCCACUCUACGACGUUCCCUGUUUGAGCACACAGGAGGAAGCUACCCGGAGCUUAUCACACGCGGAGACAUCAAAGUAUUCCUUCCUCCGAUUGGUGGUCUCACUGUGUACUGCUUCGGAGAUCCAGCCAAGAUGUCGGAUGAAUCGGUUCGACUGUCUCUGCGAAUCCACGACGAGUGCAACGGUAGCGACGUGUUCGGAUCUGAUAUCUGCACUUGCCGUCCUUACUUGAUCUUUGGUAUCGAGGAAGCGGUCAAAGAGGCCCAGAAUGGUGGCAGUGGUGUUGUCAUCUACUUCAGAAAGGAAGGCCGUGCGUUGGGAGAGGUCACCAAGUAUUGUAAGGAUGAAAUCUCUCAAAAUUCGGCGAAGCAGCUGUCGUGCAGAUCUGGGGUACUAAUUCUGGGGUAGUGGUCUACAACGCCCGUAAACGCGGAGCCGAUCGCGCAUCAGACUAUUUCAAGAGGACCGAGAACAUUGCAGGUGUCAAAGACAUGCGAUUCCAGGCUCUCAUGCCGGAUAUCCUGCACUGGCUGGGCAUCAAGAAGAUUGACAGGAUGCUUAGCAUGAGCAAGUGAGCGCCUGAGAGUCGAACACGUCGAGGAAUUGACAGCUGACAUAUCUCUAGCAUGAAGCAUGAUGCGAUUGUCGGACAAGGGUAAGCUGAUGAUGAGUCGGUUGUGUUAAUUUUUGAUGCGAGAUUAACAUGAUUUUAGAAUCCCCAUUCAUGAGAGGGUCGAGCUUCCAGAAGAACUGAUACCCGCUGACUCGCGAGUCGAAAUUGACGCCAAGAUUACAGCUGGCUACUUUACCACUGGUAAACGUAUGACUACCGAAGAGCUCCAGGCGGUCCAGGGAAGAAUAUGGGAAGACUUCGACCAUUAAACGAAACCGGAUAGAUACGGGCUCGAGCUGUAUGUACAGUAGGGACGUGGCGUUGAGGGUCGCGGGGUGCGUCAGCAGCUUCCCAAGUUUGCAGGUUACUGCAGGUCGGUCUGAGCCGUUUUGCGUGGGGGAAGGAUGAUGAUUGCUCAGAAUCCAUACGAUGGCGACGAUGCCACGGUACCAUUCAUCCGUGGUGUUGGGGCUGAGUGUCCCGAACGAGGUACCCGGUCAAGGUGGCAGGUCAUACAGGGCAGUUGAUGGGUUGGAUACAGUGAGAGAAGACCGUUGGGAGCAUCCGUUUUCGAGUUUAAGCGCGUCCGGGAGGGAGUUGCUAGCAAGGUUGUGCAUGGUGUAGAGGUUGCGAGAUUUGAAGAUGUAGAGUGACUGACUGACUGACACUGAGCGAGAGAGUGGAACUCGGAAUGGAAGCCUACCAUACCCUACUAACGUUUAGUAAGGGGAUGAUGGGCCAGGAUAGAUAAUUUAGUACCGAAUGAAUUGAAUAUCCACCUUUCGAGGCCCGUCCGUAAGGUAGGCUGUUCCCUAAUGGAAUCGGU